AUGCUCGCCGCAGUGGUAAAUACUUGGGAUUCUGAGCCAAACUAUACAACUGUCCCCGACCUCCCUGACCCUUCACCCACAGAAAUUCGCCUUCGUGUCCUCGCGUCCGGUGUCCAUCGUCUCGUCAUCUCACGGGCCCGCGGCCGACACUACUCCGCUAAGACCUUACCCCACAACGCGGGGGUCGACGGCAUCGGCGAAGAUCCCAACACCGGCCAGCGUUACUACUUUUUUACUUUUGAAUCCGGCUCCUUUGCAGAAUUCGUCAACGUCGACCGUAAAUUCAUCACGACGCUCCCGGAGAAUGCUGACCCCGUUGCCACUGCUGCCUUCGUCAAUCCGGUUUCCAGUGCGUGGAUGGCCUUUACUUCACGCGCAGCGCCCCAAUUUCCAGGCUUUUCUGUAGCGAUCCUUGGAGUCACGAGCACUAGUGGACGCGCUGCUGUAGACGUUGCCCGUGCGAAGGGCGCCGGCCGUAUUAUUGGUGUUGCUCGUAACGCUGCUGCACUGGCGGAGAUACCUGUCGACGAGCGUAUUGUGUUGAGCCCGGAGACGGAUUGGUCUUCUUUGGGCGAGGUCGAUGUUGUAUUGGACUACAUCUAUGGCAGUACCGCAGUGAAGUUGUUUAGGGCACUGCCUGAGUCGGAAAAGGAGGUUCAAUAUGUCCAUAUCGGCGCUCUGGGCCUCGAAGGCGACAUAACCGUUCCUGGGUCAUACCUGCGGGGCAAAAAGCUUGCAAUACGUGGCGUGGGACCGGGAAGUUGGACGAUGGAAGAGUAUGCAAGGGAAAUCAGGGGAAUGGUUGAUGUGGCUACCCAAAUAGAGCGGAAGAACAUUUUCACAGCUCCUUUCAAGGAUUUUGAGAAAACGUGGGCCAAUGUUCGUAUGGGUGGCGAAAUCGAUGUAUUCAUAAGCGACGACAUUGCUUAA